AUGCGGUGGGUCCAAAAUGUAGCUUACAUGGCUUAACUGAUGGACAACUGUGAUAUUUCCACUGGACAUGCAAAUACAUGUCACCCUCAGCCAUAGCUACCACCUAUGAUACCGCUAUGACACUUGUGAUACCGCUAUGACACCGAAGAUACCGCUGUGACACCUAUGAUACUACUGUUUACGGUAAGCAGAUUAGCGGCUACAGGUAAACAGUACAAAAGGACCGUAUGCUCAAAACAUGUGACAUAUAACAUGUGUAACCGUUCUAGAUAGACAGACAUAUCGAAGGACACUGUUUAGGAGGGACCCUAGUACAUAGUGUACGGUUUUCAAAAAUGAUGAUCGCAUUUACAGUUUUCGUAUUGAUGUGUGCGUUGUCAGAUGCACAGUUCUUUACUAAGCUCCCAUCUCCGUCGACGACACCGAUACCGACCACCGUUUCCUUGCCGAAGUUGCCAACUACGACACUGGAUGCAACUACACCAUGGGGUUCAACUACACCACGGGAAGACACAACACUCCAGGGAGAAACCACACCACAGCUGCAGGAGGAAACUACACAAGGGGUUUCAACUACACCAGAAGAAUCAACCACCAUACAACAGGAAGAAACUACACCACGGAGAGUAACAGCCGGAAGCAGUACCCCAGAUGCCGCGACCGUCACAGUCACAGCUCCGCCGGGUACCGAGAGUACCACGGGCUACAGCAGUCCUUCCGUACAAGGCCUGCAGACAUGGGAAAUCGCCCUUAUUGCAGUGGGGGCAAGUCUGGGCGGUAUACUCAUCAUUGGAGGAGUUGGAUAUGGCAUCUACAAAGCAUGUGGGAAACGUAAAAGCGCUCGAGUUGGUUCUCAGCAUGAGAUGGAGUCACAUGAAGAACAGAGACAGAUUGAGAGCGGCUCCAGACAACGGCUGUCCCCGUCAGCUUCGUGAAUUACCUGCCCUGGCUGACCGACAUGACACACUGAACAGGACACAAACAUGGCGUCUGUACCAUGUCAGUAACGUUUCACAUGAGAACGUCUUAUUUGUCAAUUUGACAAUGCUGUGAAUCUAAAGAGUAGUUACCAUGUUGUAUCUAAGGUUGUUUUACAUUGCU